GGUGGGGGCGAGCCUUACGGGUUCCGCGCUCCCUUCUGGGUGAUGCGGCGCUUAGGAGAGCCAAUCGCAAUCGUCUGGGGGCGGGGGAGGACGCAGUUGCUCUGCUUCUCUAUUGGGUUUUGUAACCUCAGAGAGGCGGAUCUUGGCCUAAACUCAAACCACCGUACGGGGAUUGGUUUCGGGGCAAAGCUGCCAUGAGUCCCGGGAGCCGCGGGCGGCCCCGGCAGCGGCUGGGGGAUCGCGGCCUCCUGAAAGCACCCUCACUCUCCAAGCGCCGACUUCUGCCGCGAGUGCAGCUCCUGCCCCUGCUGCUGCUGGCGCUGACUAUGGGCUUGGCUUUCUAUAUCGUCUGGAAUAGCUGGCACCCUGCGGUUGAGGAGGUGUCACGGAGCCGGGAUCUGCGGGUCCCGCUGAUCGGAAGCCUUUCAGAAGCUAAGUUGCGGCUGGUGGUAGGGCAGCUGGAUCCGCAACGUCUCUGGGGAACCUUCCUGCGUCCCUUGUUGAUUGUGCGACCCCCGGGUAGUCCUGGCAAUCUCCAAGUGAGAAAGUUCCUGGAGGCUACGUUGCAGUCCCUAUCGGCAGGCUGGCACGUGGAACUGGACCCAUUCACAGCCUCAACCCCCUUGGGGUCACUGGAUUUCGGGAACGUGGUGGCCACACUUGACCCAGGAGCUGCCCGUCACCUCACUCUCGCCUGCCAUUAUGACUCCAAGUUCUUCCCUCCUGGGUUGCCUCCCUUUGUGGGGGCCACAGAUUCAGCUGUGCCCUGUGCCUUGCUUCUGGAGUUGGUCCAGGCCCUGGACGUCAUGCUGAGCAGAGUCAAGCAGCAGGCAGCACAGGUGACCCUGCAGCUGUUCUUCUUGGAUGGGGAGGAGGCGCUGAAGGAGUGGGGACCAAAGGACUCCCUCUAUGGCUCCAGGCACCUAGCUCAGAUCAUGGAGACUAUACCGCACAGUCCGGGCCCCACCAGGAUCCAGGCGAUUGUAAGAUCCAUUCCUCUGGGCUCUGGAGCAGGAGGCAGGGCGGGGGAAGGAGGGGUGGAGAAGCGCCUUCACCGUCUGAACCUACUCCAGUCUCACCCACAGGAAGUGAUGUACUUCCAACCCGGGGAGCCCCCUGGCCCCGUGGAAGAUGACCACAUCCCCUUCCUUCGCAGAGGGGUCCCAGUGCUCCACCUCAUCGCAACACCGUUCCCUGCUGUGUGGCACACACCCGCUGACACCGAGGCCAACCUCCAUCCGCCCACUGUGCAUAACCUGAGCCGCAUCCUCGCUGUGUUUCUGGCAGAGUACCUGGGACUCUAGCCUGCAGCCCGAUACCUUGAAGGGAUCUUACACCUAGCUGGGGACUGCACAGGAGCACCUUGAGCCAUGCAGGGUGGCCAGGCUCACCUCAGAUGGAUGCUACAACCAUGCCAAGCCAUCGUGUUUCAAGGAUAUGCAAAGGAACACUGAGGGCAUGAGAGAACCAAAAGAAAUAACUGUCCUCAAGUAAAUAACUGGAAGUUUCCAGGGACCAAAUGAUGUUUCAUAGGUUGGUAUUUGGACCAGCACUCCUCACCAAAUGAAUCCUCUGUGGCUCAUGUUUUAUGUCAGUUCAUUUGCUACUGUACGGACCUAGCUCGGUGUUCUAAGUCUGCUUGGCUCAGGGGUGCCAACCUUGAGGGUUAAGGGGAACUGAAGGCCACAGCUCCCGUGAGAAGUGACAAUAAAUGAGCUUCCUCACUGCAGAAGCUGAGAUUUUCCAGAA